AUGCCACGAAUUUAUAAACCUAAGUCUAAUGUAACAUAUUCAAAAGGUUGCUAUUUAGGUGAAAAUAAUACAGGUCUUGGUGGUUAUAAAAUAACUAGUGGUGCACAUCAUUUGCCUCCUUGUGGAUACGCAGUUUUAGAAGAUAAAAAAAUCGAAAUGGCAUACGGCGGAAUUUUACAGUUAAAUGAUGAUAUUCUAAAAAGAGAUUAUAAUGGAUUCUUUAAACCUAUAUCCAAAGAUGAAUUGCGUAAUAAGUCAGUUGCGUUCUAUUUUGCAAGCUAUGAAAAUGCAAAAUGUAGAAGUUUUACUCCAUUUUUAACACAAUUUUACAAAUCAAUUAAUUCAUCAACACCAAAAGAAAAAAUUGAAAUAAUAUUAGUUAGCUUAGACAAAGAUGAAGAAAAAUUUAAUGAGCAUAUUAAGCAUAUGCCAUGGGCUGUUGUUGCUUAUAAUAGUGAUUUAAGGAAGCAUUUAAUAAAAAGAUAUCAAGUUAGGGAAGAUCCCGAAUCAUUACCCAGUGGAAGUGUUCCUAUUACAGGAUUACCAAAACUUGUAGUAGUUGGUGAAAAUGGAGAAAAACUCCAUUGGCUUUCAUGUGAUAAUCAUUCUCAAACAAUUUUAAGGGAAUGGGAUUUUCAUUCCUCAAAAUGGGCAUAA